AUGAGAUCCAGCCGCCUGGAGCCAGGCGCCCGGGAGCCCCUCAGCCCGCGCCCUCAGCCCCUGUCCCAGAGCUCCUCCAGCCUGCUGGGUGAAGGCCAGGGGCAGAGGCCAGAGCUCCGCAAGAGCGCCAGCAGCACUGUAUGGCCAGCCCAGCCGGGUGAGGCCAGCGCUGAGCCCCGGGCCCCAGAGGAGGAGAGGCCCCAGGCUGAGAGCACGGAGCAGGCACUGGCCUCCAGCACCCGGCCACAGCCCGGAGCCGUGGCUCACUGGCGGAGCAGCACAGUGGGCAAUGUGUCUACCAUGGGCGGUGGUGACCUGUGUUGCCUACGAGACCCCAGCGCUGCCGUUGUGCAAAGGAGCCACUCGGACCUGGCCCAGAGCACCCAGACCCGGGGCCACAACGGUGCUCGGAAGGCCAGCCUCAGCUGCUCGGCCCUGGGCAGCUCACCUGUCCUUGGGGCUCAGCCACAGCCUAGCGGUACUUCUGGCCAGGGCAGCCAGGCCCCUGCAGGCCUGGAAAGGGACCUGGCUGUGGAGGACGGGAUGUCAAACUCAGCCCAGACACUGGGGGAGAGUCAGGUGUGGGUGCCGCCGCUAGACCUGGGAGGCACAGUGACCCGGAGCAGCAGCCCCAAAGCCACUGGGCAGCUGGCCACCACUUGCUGCCAUGCUCUGUCCCCAGCAGCUCUACUCUGUGGCAUGAGGGAGGUAGGGGCCAGCAGCUGCUGCCACGCCUUGCCUGCCCCAGGGAUCCUGACCUUUCCCAAGCUAGUGGCAUCAGUGAGUGAAUCUGGGCUGCAGGCUCAGCAUGGGGUGAAAUUCCAGUGUAGGUUGCCCGGGGGGCUUCCUGGGCAUUCCCACUGCUGUGCCCACCCUUGGGGUCCCACCGGGUUAGCCAUGGAGCCUGGUGCCAGGACCAAGGAUGUGUGGACCAUGACCUCAGCCAGUGACUUGGCCCCCGUCUUGGUGUCCCCUCUGUCAGCCCAGGAUGCUGGCGUGCAGGUGGCCCCCCAGGCAGUCUGCAAGGCGGUGGCCACCAGCCCACCCCUGGAAGCCCCUGUGGCCCUGCACACAUUCCCAGAGGUGACUGUGGGGUCCAGCCUGGAGGAGGCACCGUCCCCUGUGCGAGAUGUGCGGUGGGAUGCCGAGGGCAUGACAUGGGAGGUGUAUGGAGCUGCAGUGGACCCUGAGGUGCUCGGCGUGGCCAUCCAGAAGCACCUGGAGAUGCAGUUCGAGCAGCUGCAGCGGGCACCUGCCAGCGAGGACAGCCUGUCUGCCGAGGGCCGCAGGGGGCCACUUCGGGCCGUCAUGCAGUCCCUGCGGCACCCUAGCUGCUGUGGCUGCUCCAGUGCAGCCCCCGAGUGAGGAGCUGUAGUGCUGGGAGCUGCCCUGGGCCCAUGGACUCUGCCCCCAGGACAGUGAGGGUCCCUUUCUCUUUGGACCCACUGGCAGCAGACAUGUCUCUGCUGUCAGCUGCCUGCAGAUCACAGGACUGCAGCCUGGGGGCUUCCUGCCCCCUGCAGCUGGGCUGGUUUUUAAGGGCUUGAUUCCCAAGAGCCACAUCUGCACAUCCAAUGGGCUCUGAACUGUGGGACAGUUUCAGCACUGUGCACAAGAUUGAUCCUGACUUUUCUGUAAAAAUCCUUGACCUGCUCAGUCUCUGCUUAGAACUCUGCCAUGAUGAUUUCCCCUAGGUCUCUUGGUGGCUUUAUUUUUCACAGCAGUUGUUGAGAUGUAGUGCAUUCCUGACAUGAGAGGUGGAGC